AUGACAGCAGUAUUGCGUACAUACAAAUCAAAGUAUGAUAUCAUGAUUGUCAACGGAUUGAUUGAAAACAACUUUAUAUCCAACUUGCACAUCAACAACCAACAACUCUGCAAGAUCCUUCUUGCCAAUAUCACAGUAUCUGGAUGGAAAUACGGAACCGAUUCAAACUGCUGUCAAUCAAUACUGUCAUUCAACACUACAAGGCUGACAUUGGCCAGUUGUUUGACAUCUCAUUAUCUCCAAAGAAAAACGGAAUUCAGACCAGAUUUGCUUGGAAUGUUGGCAACAACUGACUGUUUGUUGCUACAUCAAGACUCGUCAGUACAGACCCACACAAUACAAUGUAAAAGUCAAAAGAUUACAUUAAAACAGACAUUAUGGACAGAUUCUACAAAGGAAAUGGCUGUAUCAUCUGUCAUCAAUUCAGACACACUUGUCAGUCCUGUUCCGUAUACAAUGAGUCACAUAUGGACACAUAUGGACACCAAUGCAACAAUCAAGAAUCAAUUGUCAUUUACAAGUCUGAAUUGCCAACCAACAAUCGUACUAAUGGACCAACGGACCAAUGCCAAAACACCUGCACAUCAGACAGUUUAUUGGACAUGA